UUCCUAACAAAGCCACUUUUCUCGUCACCUUUAAUUCCGCGAUCAAGCGCCUAGUAAAGCUUACAGGCUGCAGCUGGUUGCAGUCUGUUUUGCAAUCCCAUCUGCACGCUGACGACGACCAUCAACUUCGCGGUCUGCUACUUAAGAAAAAGCUAACGAACAGGUCGUUUUUCUUCGCCGUUUACUUUCAUACAAUUCGACUCUUUAGCAAGAAUGUCCGUUCCUACUUCAUUGUCUUCCUUCCCAGAAGAGCUUCUUGCUCGUAUACUUGCGGACUGCGUGACUCCUCCCCAAGUGCUUCCCGUUCGUCCAACCUGGCAUACCCAACCAUGCCCCUCGCACUUAGUUCGCCCACCACCGCCCACCAGCACACGUGCCCGUUUGGCGCCCUUGCUUGUCUCGCGACAGUUUCUUCGCAUCGGUACUCCCAUAUAUUAUCAGACUCUCCACCUUCCAACGGCUUCUCAUGCUACCCGCGUACUCGAGACACUCGCCGCCCAGCCGGUCCUUGCCGGUGCCGUGCGUCGUGUUGUGCUGGGUUGCGUGUCGCUGGAGAGCGCACGUGUACUCCAGGCGUGUGAUAGGAUCGAAGAUGUGGAUGUCUGUAUGGAUGUUGGAAUUGAAGGCGAUGCUCAGGGCGGUGCGGCAAGAGAUGAGGAUGCCGAAGCUCUGUGUGAUGCACUCGAGCGAAUUGACCUGAAGCAUCUUACUAUUCGCAGAGCCUCGGAUGCUUACCUCACACUUACGCGCCCGAAAUAUUUACUUCAGCGCAUUGCAAAAGCCGUACCCUGUUGGCCCGACCUUGAGUCCUUUCACUUCGCAUUCAAAAUCGGUUCAGCACCGGCCACCCGGCCUUUGGCUGAGGCUCUGAGCCACGCCCCAAAGCUACGCCUUCUCAAGGCCCAACUGCCGGCAAUUUGGAAUGAAUUGUUCCUCACCAUCUCCCGAAACUCAGCUCUCGAACAAAUCGCAUUGUAUGCAGAAGGCGCAGAUGGGAUCCUGCACACCACCAUGUACAUGGCGGAGGCAAAGAAACAUGCACGUUUGAGCGAACUGAUCAAGACUGGAACGUCGUUUAUCCGAACGAGAGCACACACAACUGCUGCUGCAGUGCCCAGUCCCCUGUCAACGAGACCCUCGACUCCUCUGAGCGCCAGUAGAGUGAAAGAGGUGGCUGCCGAGCUCAUGAGCCCUUGGCUGAACCAGAACGUGCCCCUCCUUGUGGCUGGAACGUCGUACUUCUAAUCGCUUGCCUUACCGCAUAUUUCCUAUCGGGUAUCGGUUCUCCAUACAUGCAUCCUUCUCCGAAUCCCGCGGGACGCUGGCGACUCCUAUCACGACACACUUUUCCCGCGCAUUUAUGAUGAUACUUGACGAUUGCACUUAUGCCCUCAUGCCACUACUCUACUUUUCUUUUUCCUUGGGUUCUUAGGGCACGGCCUUCUAUUUUCAUUGACACUCCCCACGGGCCCCGUCCAGGCGGUGUGGCUUCUU